AUGGCGGUUGUUCUCGACUUAACCAACCUCCGCAUCUCCAGGACAAUCACAACUCCUUUUCUGCGUAUCCCUCCAGAGCUACGAAACCACAUAUACAACUACCUUUUAAUCGGACCCGAUAGACUAUCCAGACGCCACAGUGCCUUUUGUGCUCACGCAGACCGCAGCUCUCGAGAUAUCGAGCGUCCUCCCUUUAAAGUUGUCGACGACCACAAGUGUAUCUGCCGCCGCCGCCAAUUUCUUGGUAUCCUGCUCACCUGUCGUCAAAUUCACUCCGAGGCAGCCCCAAUUUUCUGGAGCAAUAAUAUGCAUUACUUUGAAUCGACCAACUUGUUUGCCCAAAAUGUCUCCAACGCCCUACGCGAGCAAUACGGUGGCUUUCUCCACCAUAUAGGUAUCGUUUCCACCUGUCACAUUGCUCAUCACGGUAGCGCUUUUUCUCAGAGUAAUAAAACGGACGCCGAACAGAGCAUGUGGAACAUUCUUUUGACGUGCAAGAACCUCCGAACUUUAGAGCUUGAAAUCGAUAUAGUUCAACAGUUCCAGAAACAGUAUUUAAAGCUUCGAACAGCGCUCCCACAUCUGAAGCGCUUAACACUCGUUCGCGUUCAAGGGUUCUAUCUUGAGUCACAGCCAUGUCUCAGAGAUCCUCAGCUCAUCUAUGUCAAAAUUCCAGUGGAUAUGCCACUCGACAUUGAAGAACAUACAGAAUUUCACAAUUUCUGUCGCUCUUUCAGGGACUUGGUCAAUUCCAUCUCCACUAACAUUAACAAUAUGAUUCGGCCCUUGGGAGCUCCACUACCACAUCGCCUCCCUCCCAGUCUCAGAGAUAACACCAACAAGCGGACAAUUACUGUUGGCCAAAACAAACGCGUUGUAUCGGUGACAUUUUACGGGCUCCCCAAUAGCCACCAAACGCGGCAGCGACUAGCUAGACAACGUCUCUUCGAACAAAAUCGCCUCAAAGCCGCUGGUUUGCCAAGCCGGUCGGAGGCGGAGCUUAGCCUGCGCGUUAAACAGCUGAAAGAGGAGAAAGAGGCACGGGACCGUAUCGAAAUGCGACUGGAAGAGGCACGUGUUGCGGACAUAAAGGAGAAGGAUCGUGAUAAACGUGCUCAGGAACAGGCUGUAGCUGAGGCAAAGCAAAAGGCGAAUCAGCGCGUACAUAAGCAACGGAAGAUUAAAAAGACAGAAAAGGCCAAGCAGGAAGAAAGGAAGCGGGUUCCAAAGAAGUCGCCAUAA